UAUGGUGGCAGAUGAACAUUGAAGAGGAGUGUAAUAAAAGAAGGGUGUUUUUCAGUUGGGUAGGUCUGAGUUUUUAUAAUGCUUUCAACCCUUCUCCUCCUCACUCCUCACUACUCUUUUUCCUUUGCCUUGUCAAACUGUGCAACCCCCCAAAUCCAAAAAUUAAGAUAUGAUGAGAAGUUUUUUUGAAUGUACAUAUAGAUAUAUUAUAUAUAUAUAUAUAUAGAGAUAUCAGUGUAUAUGAAACCAAUGCAGGCAAUGAUGAUCUUGAUGCUGAAGGUCUAAGAGGGUUUUAAUUGCUCUUCACCCACCUUUUCUUCCUCGCCAUUAAUAUAGAGAGAGAAGAGAAAUUUUUUUAUUAAGAGUAGACAGAUAAGGAGAAAGAGAAAGAGAAAGUGUGUAACUCCAAAGGGUUUAUUGGCUUUUUGUUGAAAGUCAUUUUCUUUGUUUGUAUUGGUGUUAGUAAAACAUCAAAGGAGAAGGUUAUUAUUAUUAAAAAAAAAAAAACACAGAGUCAGAUUCUUCUUCUGGUCUUAGUUUUAACUAGUAAUGGAGAUUUAAGUUUUGUUUUCUUGUGUUUUUUUUUUCUUUCUCUAUUGGCACUGAAUGAGAUAAUAACAUGGGUAUUAUUUUUAUUAUUGUUGGAAGGAAGAGAGCUGUGUUCUCAACAUCCUCAGCUCUUCUUCUUAUUGUUGUGGUUUUCAUCUCAUUCUUUGUCCAAAGAUUCUCACUCGUUUCGGCUCUAAACUACACCACCAAGUACACCCAACUUAGUAGUUUGAGACUCGAUAGGAUUCGAAGGCACUUGGACAAGAUUAACAAGCCUCCUGUCAUCACCAUACAAAGCCCAGAUGGAGAUAUCAUCGACUGUGUUCACAAGAGAAAACAGCCAGCUUUAGACCAUCCUUUACUAAAGAAUCACAAGAUCCAGAAAGUGGCACCAGAAAUGCCAAAAUCUAAGAAGAAAAUGGAUGAGAAAGAAUCAAGUAGUAGUUUGUUAAGGCAAAUGUGGCACACAAAUGGAACAAGAUGCCCAAAAGGAACGGUCCCCAUUCGCCGGAGCACCACUCAUGAUGUAUUGAGAGCCAAGUCUUUGUUUGACUUUGGUAAGAAGCAACGCAACCUCAACUCACUCCAUCGCCGCCGUAGAGCAGACGCUCCAGAUGUUGUCAGUGGCAAUGGCCAUGAGCAUGCGAUCGCGUACACAGGAUCAUCAGAAGAAGUGUACGGAGCAAAGGCGACCAUAAACGUGUGGGACCCAUCGAUCGAAGUGGUCAACGAGUUUAGUCUCUCUCAGAUUUGGGUUCUUUCGGGAUCAUUCGACGGCUCAGAUCUCAACAGCAUAGAAGCAGGAUGGCAGGUCAGUCCGGAGCUUUAUGGUGACACCAGGCCCAGAUUGUUCACUUAUUGGACGACGGAUUCGUAUCAAGCUACAGGGUGCUACAAUCUUCUGUGCGCAGGAUUUAUUCAAACAAAUAGCAGAAUAGCCAUUGGAGCAGCCAUAUCUCCAUUCUCUUCAUAUUCUACCAACCAAUAUGAUGUUACUAUUUUGAUUUGGAAGGAUCCGAAGCUCGGAAAUUGGUGGAUGGGAUUUGGUGACAAUACCCUAGUAGGGUACUGGCCAGCGGAGCUAUUCACACACCUAGCGGACCACGCCACUAUGGUGGAGUGGGGUGGCGAGGUGGUGAACUCAAGGCCGAAUGGCGAGCACACAUCGACGCAGAUGGGGUCGGGCCACUUCGCCGAAGAUGGGUUCGGUAAAGCUAGCUAUUUUAGGAACCUUGAGGUGGUGGACUCGGACAACAGCCUAAGCUCGGUUAGAGGCAUCUCCACAUUGGCUGAAAAUACCAAUUGUUAUAACAUCAAGAGCUUCUACAAUGACCAAUGGGGCACUUACUUCUACUAUGGUGGGCCUGGCAAAAAUCCACGAUGCCCAUGAUUCUUACUACUACUACUUCUACUAAUAUUUUUCAUUACAUAUACAAUAUUAUUAUUAUUGUUAUUAUUAUCCUCUUUAAUCCUCAUCCUCAUCUUCAUCUUCAUUAUCAUCUUCUCGUAUAUUGUAUAAUUAACUAUCCCAAAUUCAAAAAUUUCUAUUGUCAAAA